CUAUAACAUUUUAUAUUAAUAAGUAUAUCAAGUAUACUUUUCUUAUAUAAAUAAUGAUAGUAUUUUAUAUAAAUUAAGAUCUGAAAAAGCCACUGAGUUUUCUUUUCCCCAAGCAUUUGUGAAAUAUUCUCUUUGUGCAAGAUGAGUAGGACAAUGAUGAUGUGUCCACCACUCUCCAGGGCUGAUAGUCCAAUGUAAAUGAAACAUACACAGGACUUGUUGUUUCAUUCCGCAGAUAUUGAUGAACAUGAAGACCAUGUGCCAAACAUUGUGCUAGUUAUUGGUGACACAUCUGUGACAGUCCUACCCAAUGGUCCAAACCAUAAGACUUAGAGUACAGUGGGAUAUCUGAGGCAAAAGAAAAUAAUUGCAACUGAGAGCACCUGAAAACAUCUCAUAGUGGUUAUAGAUGAAAGCAUGACUUUGAAUGAUAAGUAAAAAAGUUGAUAGGCUAAGCCAAUCUGCAAGUCAUUUAUUCCCAUUUAAAAUAAAAGCAAGACUAAUAAAGGUAGUGGUGUAUAGACAUAUAAAUACAUAGAUACAUAGAUUAUACACACACACAUAUACACACACAUUUAUGUGUAUAUGUAUAUUAUGUAGCAGCCUUGAUUCUGGUUUCUGGUUGGCAUUGGAUUUUUUAAUAUAUGGUUUCUCUGUAAACAUGUGGUUAUAAUUUUUAGAGAAAGUCUAGAAAAUACAAAUGUUAGAAAAAUGCACUGAAUAUAAUUGCCUUUAAGUUUGAUAAAAGGUUCUCUGGUGCUAAGAAUGGAAACCUCAGGUUUACAUCCCACCUCCCUGGUAUAACUUUACAAUGAGGUUUCCCCUCAUCUCUCUGAAUUCUAAAACAUGAUACAGCUGGCUGAGAGGCUGGAAAAUUGUUACAUGCCUGUGUUACAUUCUUAUAACCUAAUUGUUCUACAACUUUUCUGCAGUUUAAUCAUUGGAGAAUGUUCUUUGUUUUUGUAGUCACUGUUUCACAUAGUAACAGCUUGUUGUAUUUUGGUCUGUUUGCCAGAGGGUAGGUUUAUUUUUAAAACCCUGAACUCUGAAUUUUUCUUUAUUUUUCCAAGAUUGAAAGCAGCUGAAAUGCCUGGAGUUACAGGUUGAAGGCUGCUUUACAAUAUGUGAAGGGAAGCUUCUUUCCCUCCUCCCUUUGUGUGUGUGUGUGUGUGUGUGUGUGUGUGUGUGUUUAAAUUUUUUCCUAACAAAUGUCUUCUAACUGGUAGUUGUCUAAAAAUAGAACACUGCCUAACUAAAAAUAGCCUGGCUCUCAGUCGUGCCAAGGAAAAUGGAGAGGAAUAGGCGUGGAAUAGAAGGCUGAGUAAUCCAGUUCUAUUCAUUCAGAGAAACCUUUGAGAAUGCGGGCGAUGAUAAAGUGCCCUCAAAAAACCACAGGCUUGACUCUCUCUUCAGACUUCUAGGUGCCAAUAAACAUUCUAGCCCCAGGAUACAUUUUUUUCUCAUAGGUUGUAAACAUUUUCUGAAAGACAAGGCUUUGUUUCACAGGACCUGACAAACUGCCAUAGCUAACUAACUUUCCUAAGGUCUUAAAAAUUCAUAAUUGUAAGAGAUAUUUUAAAAGAGCAUCUUAAAUGAAAGUAUUGUAAAAUAAUGUACAUCAUGUAAUAAUUAGGAGAAAACUGUUACAAUAAAAACUGCGUACUGCUUGCAGUUAAACUCAGAACUUUAAAGUUUUGCAGAAAGUUAUUCCUGUGACUCACUGUAGCUAAAGAGAACAGCUGACUUAGUUUAACUCCAUUAGAUACAAAAUUCUCUUAAGUGUAUAUCCCCUUGGUGUGCCAGUAUUUAGUCUCUUUCCCACAAUUAUAAUUUUCACUCAGGCAGAUUUUCUGUUUUAAUUUUUUAAUUGGAGUAGAAACUACUUUGAAAAAUAACAUUUCAAGAGUAGGAUGGCUUGAAGUUUAGAGAAAUGGAAUUUUGAGUAAGUCACGAAAAAAAAGACCAGUUUCACAAUAGUAACUCCUUUUUUUUUUUUUUUUCAAUUUUGUUUUGCUUAAGUAAUCUGAAUAAUCAGGUCAAACAUAGCAACAGGGUGUGGAAAUGUCAGCGCAGUUCACGGGGUUAUACGGGACUGAGCAUUGUUAUGUUCAGUUCCUGUAAUGAUGCUGGUGAUAAGACUCUUGAGACAAAGGACUAUAAUUGAUGGAAAGAGCCUUAAAUCAUUGCUAGAAGAAUCAAGGUCCUUGUAUCUGUGUACAUCGACUCUUCUGGUCUCCUUCCGUCUUGUAAAGCAUUUUGUCGUCUUGCAUGGUGGCCCCCUACUGCUCUUUGUAAUAGAUGCAGACCACAAGUGAUUCCUUCAUGCAGCAUACAGGGUGUAAUUGUGUCUGUGUGGUGUAUUAGUAAUUACCAAGCUGAAUUCCCAUAUUGUAUCUUUACUGCAGGCAUGGAAAAAUAGGACAUACAAUCCUGCAUAGACAUUUUCAACCUAGAUAGUGAACCACUUAGAGCUACAUUCCAGGGACAAAGCCUUUUACAUUCACACUUUUUGAACAAAAUUUUCAUUGUUGAGUCAUUUGUGCUAUGCAGGAUAAAUUCAGUUUUGGAAAUAAUUACCUCUGAUAUAGUCAUUUAUGAUUCUUCAGCAAAACCUUUGUAAUAUGGAAAAUAUUUGCUAUUUUUCAUUGCUAAAAAUCAUUUUAAUACUGCUAGAUAAAAUAGUGAUAUGAGAUGUAAUAAUUAUUAUGCUAGACCACCUUGUACAAAGAAUAGUGCAUGGAUCACUACAUAUAACAGAUUAUAUAGCAUUCAUAAACAUUACAUAAUUGUUUUAACAGCAUUUUUAACAUCAAAUGGAUAUUUUCAUACAAUUCAUUGAUUUUGGCUCAAGCAUUGUUAAACUUCAGAAAAAGCUGACAACGAAUUUUUGUUACAGUAAACAGAUAUAAAUUAAUAAUUAAUUUCUUUUCUAUAAAAUUUGCAUCCAUCCUUUAUGUAUUAUGUAGCUAAUAUUGAUUUGACUACCUCCUAAUCAUUGGGGAUUUGAAAUGUUUACAGUAUUAUUUAUCUAUAAUAGAAGCUAAAAUAAGGCAAGCAGGUUGGUUUAAACAAGAGAAGGUAUAUUUUUUUUCAAAUAAAAUCAAAUGCUUAUAAUGACAGCUAAAAACUAUUAAAUGCAAUAACAGAGAAAUGAAUAUGGCCAUUUCAUUAACAAUAACAAAUGACAUUAGAUUUAUUUUGUGAAUUUUUAAUUAAAGCAUGUAAGAUUUUAAUUCCAUUUUUACCUUCAAAUUCAAAAAUCACCUGCCAAUAUGUAUAUUUUACAAAUUUACUUCCACUUUUGUCUAUGGAUAGUUUUAUUCUAGCAAUAAUUAUUAGAUUUCUAGGAUGUACAGAACUUUAUAAUGAUGCUAGAGGAAAUAGAAUUUUGAAAAAUACCAUCAGUGACAUCACAAAACUUAACAGUCUAGGUAAGAUAGAAAAUAUACACGUGCAUCAAAAGGACAAAACAACAUAAGAGACGUUGAGAAAGAAGGGCCUUAAUGGCUGUGACAGCCCAGAUCCCGAUGCAGACGAUUCAGUAGGUCACAGCCCUGAGUCUGAGGACAAGUACAGGAAAAUUAACGAAGAUAUUGAUCUAAUGAUCAGCAGGCAAAGAUUGUGUGCUGUUCCACCUCCCAACUUUGAGAUGCCAGUCUCCAUCCCAGUGUCCAGCCACAACAGUUUGGUAUACAGCAACCCCGUCAGCUCACUGGGAAACCCCAACCUUUUGCCACUGGCCCACCCUUCUCUGCAGAGAAAUAGUAUGUCUCCUGGUGUAACACAUCGACCUCCAAGUGCAGGUAACACAGGUGGUCUGAUGGGUGGAGACCUCACAUCCGGUGCGGGCACCAGUGCAGGGAACGGAUAUGGCAAUCCCCGAAACUCACCAGGUCUGCUGGUCUCACCUGGUAACUUGAACAAGAAUAUGCAAGCAAAAUCUCCUCCCCCCAUGAAUUUAGGGAUGAAUAACCGUAAACCAGAUCUCCGAGUUCUUAUUCCACCAGGCAGCAAGAAUACGAUGCCAUCAGUGAAUCAAAGGAUAAAUAACUCCCAGUCUGCUCAGUCAUUGGCUACCCCAGUGGUUUCCGUAGCAACUCCUACUUUACCAGGACAAGGGAUGGGAGGAUAUCCAUCAGCCAUUUCAACAACAUAUGGUACCGAGUACUCUCUGAGUAGUGCAGACCUGUCAUCUCUGUCUGGGUUCAACACCGCCAGCGCCCUUCAUCUUGGGUCAGUAACUGGCUGGCAACAGCAACACCUACAUAACAUGCCGCCAUCCGCCCUCAGUCAGCUGGGAGCUUGCACUAGCACUCAUUUAUCUCAGAGUUCAAAUCUCUCCCUGCCUUCUACUCAAAGCCUCAACAUCAAGUCAGAACCUGUUUCUCCUCCUAGAGACCGUACCACCACCCCUUCGAGAUACCCACAACACACGCGCCACGAGGCGGGGAGAUCUCCUGUUGACAGCUUGAGCAGCUGUAGCAGUUCGUACGACGGGAGCGACCGAGAGGAUCACCGGAAUGAAUUCCACUCCCCCAUUGGACUCACCAGACCUUCGCCGGACGAAAGGGAAAGUCCCUCAGUCAAGCGCAUGCGACUCUCGGAAGGAUGGGCAACAUGAUCAGAUUAUUACUUAAUAGUUUUUUUUUUUUUUUCUUGCAGUGUGUGUGUGUGCUAUACCUUAAUGGGGAAGGGGGGUCGAUAUGCAUUAUAUGUGCUGUGUGUGGAAAAAAAAAGUCAGGUACUCUGUUUUGUAAAAGUACUUUUAAAUUGCCUCAGUGAUACAGUAUAAAGAUAAACAGAAAUGCUGAGAUAAGCUUAGCACUUGAGUUGUACAACAGAACACUUGUACAAAAUAGAUUUUAAGGCUAACUUCUUUUCACUGUUGUGCUCCUUUGCAAAAUGUAUGUUACAAUAGAUAGUGUCAUGUUGCAGGUUCAACGUUAUUUACAUGUAAAUAGACAAAAGGAAACAUUUGCCAAAAGCGGCAGAUCUUUACUGAAAGAGAGAGCAGCUGUUAUGCAACAUAUAGAAAAAUGUAUAGAUGUUUUGGACAGACCCGGCAAAGGGUGGCCAUUGGUAAAUGUUAGGAACACACCAGGUCACCUAACAUCCCGAGAACGCGCUCACAAACCUGCACGCAUAUCAUUGGCGUAUGGCACUCAUUAAAAAGGAUCAACGACCAUUAAACGAGGACCAUACCUAUUAAAAAAAAAAAAAAUGUGGAGUUUGAGGGCUAACGUAUUUAAUUAAAUAAAUAAAUAAAUCUGGGUCUGCAUCUCUUAUUAAAUAAAAAUAUAAAAAUAUGUACAUUACAUUUUGCUUAUUUUCAUAUAAAAGGUAAGACAGAGUUUGCAAAGCAUUUGUGGCUUUUUGUAGUUUACUUAAGCCAAAAUGUGUUUUUUCCCCCUUGAUAGCUUCGCUAAUAUUUUAAACAGUCCUGUAAAAAACCAAAAAGGACUUUUUGUAUAGAAAGCACUACCCUAAGCCAUGAGGAACUCCAUGCUUUGCUAACCAAGAUAACUGUUUUCUCUUUGUAGAAGUUUUGUUUUUGAAAUGUGUAUUUCUAAUUAUAUAAAAUAUUAAGAAUCUUUUAAAAAAUCUGUGAAAUUAACAUGCUUGUGUAUAGCUUUCUAAUAUAUAUAAUAUUAUGGUAAUAGCAGAAGUUUUGUUAUCUUAAUAGCGGGAGGGGGGUAUAUUUGUGCAGUUGCACAUUUGAGUAACUAUUUUCUUUCUGUUUUCUUUUACUCUGCAUACAUUUUAUAAGUUCAAGGUCAGCUGUCAAAAGGAUAACCUGUGGGAUUAGAACAUAUCACGUUGCAACACCCUAAAUUGUUUUUAAUACAUUAGCAAUCUUUUGGGUCAACUGACAUCCAUUGUAUAUACUAAUGAGUUUCUUUCAUGCUAUUUUUUGUUUUGUUUUUGCAUUAUUAUCAAAUGCAGGGCCCCUUUCUGAUCUCACCAUUUCACCAUGCAUCUUGGAAUUCAGUAAGUGCGUACCCUAACUUGCCCGUGUCCUAAAUUAUCCGGUUGGUUUUCAGCCUAGAAUUUGAUACACUUUUUAGAAAUAUGCCCAGAAUAGAGGAGCUAUGUUGGGGCACAUGUCCUGCAAAUAUGGCCCUAGAAACAAGUGAUAUGGCGUUUACUCAACGCAUAAGUUAUAAAUUCCCACAGAAGAAAAAUGUGAAAGACUGGGUGCUAGACAAGAAGGAAGCAGGUAAAGGGAUAGUUGCUUUGUCAUCCAUUUUUAAUUAUUUUAACUGACCCUCAACAAUCUUGUCAGCAAUAUAGGACUGUUGAACAAUCCCGGUGUGUCAGGACCCCCAAAUGUCACUUCUGCAUAAAGCAUGUAUGUCAUCUAUUUUUUCUUCAAUAAAGAGAUUUAAUAGCCAUUUCGAGAAAUCCCAUUAAAGAACCUCUCUAUGUCCCUUUUUUUAAAUUUUGCAAGAAAUAAUGAUGACUCUUGUCUGAUACUCGUCUAUAAGGGAUUAAUUUUCAGACCCUUUAAAAAGUGAGUGCCAUAAAAAAAAAAAGUUGAUAUAUAUUGUUUAAAAGAGAUUUAAAUCCAAGAAUGAUUUUCCUUCUCUUGGAAUGUGAAGAUCUGUCGAUUCAUCUCCAAUCAUGUGCAUUGACAUACACAGCCAUGAAGAUCCAGACAGGAAGAGCGACACUGUUAUAACACGUGUAGGACAUUUCUUAUCCAUUCUUUUCUUUCACUUGCAUAGUUGCUGUGUGUUUCUCACUAUAAAAGGCUGCCGCUGGGUGGCAAAAGCCAAAAGACCUUACUAACUAGGCUGUAUUUUCUUAACUUGAUCUGAAAUCCACAAUUAGACCACAGUGCACCUUUGGUGGUAUCCAUAUAGGAUGCCAGCCUGCCUUGUACUAAUGUUUUAUAUACUGAAAACAAACAAAAAAAUCUGUCAACCUUUUCCUAUAUCCCACUACUCCAGGUAUCCAUGGAACAUGAAAGAAAAACAUUUACGCAGAGGAAAAACAGAAAAUCAUCCCUGAACAUAAAACAGACACACACACACACACACACACACACAUUGACACAUGGGAGGAAAAACUAAGAAAGUCAUUUUCCUCACCAUAUACUUGACCCCAUCCUUACAACCAUCCUUGUAACUUGAUGUGUAUAAAAUAUGCAAACAUGUCACAAAUGUUGUUGUCAUUUCAAAACACUUUACCAAUAUCAGCAGAGAUUUACCAGUGGGUGGGAAAGGGUCAUUAUGUGAAAAUACGAAAAAAUAGCCAUAUUAAUUUUUUACCUGCAAUUUGCCUCCGCAACAAAGGAAAAGUGAAUUUAUAAUGCUGAACAGAGAGUAAGCUAAAGUACCAGCAGAAGCCUUGGCUAUUUAUAGCAGAUCUGACAAUAGUUUUAUAAGAACAUGAAAAGAACAGAAUCACUUGAAAACGGAUGCCAGUCAUCUCUUGUUCCCACUACUGAAUUCAUAUAAAGUGGUAGCAAGAUAGCAAAGGGAUAAUCUGAGAAUUUUUUUAAGACAACUUAAUGAGAAGAAGCACAAUUUUUAUUGUGAUGAGUCACUUUCUGUAAACAAUCACUGUCUAUCUUUACCCUUCUACCUUAUCUGUAAUUUACCAUUUAUUGUAUUUGCAAAGCUAGUAUGGUUUUGGGUUUUUAUCACAGUAAAUCCUUUGUAUUCAGGAGUCUAGGGCAGAGCCCUGAGGGAGUGUUAUUUUACAUACCCCAUCCUAGGGUAACAUUUUAGGCAACAUUCUUCAUUGCGAGCAAAAGAACCAUAAACAGCGUUUUACACAGCUACAAAUAUUGUUAUAGCUAAUCCUAUUUUAAAAGAUUUUUGGUAAUAUUAAGCUUCAGUACUGGUAACACAUGCAAGAUACGCAAGCUGCACCACCUGUAUAUUGUAUGCAUUGGUGAGUGGAAGGCUGUUCAUUUCAACCUUUUUUAAAAUUGUGUUUUUUAGUAAAAUGGCUUAUUUUUUCCCAAAGGUGGAAUUUAGCAUUUUAUAAUGAUGAAUAUGAAAAUACCUGUCAUCCUCAGAUCGUUUUCAGGGUGACUAAAGCAAAAAAGUUCCAAUACACUUUUUAAAAGAAUGUCUGCCCUCUCACACUUUGAUGUGUUUGUUUUUCUUACAUACCCAUCUUUGAAUUUAGAGAUAGCAUUUUUUUUGCCCCUUAUCAUGAGCUUUUGUUUGUUUUUCCGGAGGGUAAAUGUUUUGUAUUUUCUUUCUUUAAAAAAAAGUUGUUUUUUUUUUAAAGAAGCAGCCACUUGAACCCUCAAUAAAGGCUGUUGCCUAAGCAUGGCAUACUUCAUCUGUUCCCAUCUGUGCCAUCUGCUGUGAUGUCACUUACAUGGCGUUAAUUUCCUGCCACUACAGAUCUUUUGAAGAUUGAUGGAAUACUGGUGUCUGUUAGAACACUUCAGACUACAGAUGUAAUUAAAGGCUUUUCUUAAUAUGUUUUUAACCAAAGAUGUGGAGCAAUCCAAGCCACAGAUCUUCUACACUCAAUUUGUCCAUUUGGGUUAUUUUCAUAAUCGGGUAUUGCAUUUUGACUUCCCUAUUCAUACCUCAAAUUGAUUCAUACCUCAGUUGAAUUCAGAGAGGUCGGCUAAGUGACAGAUUCCGUUGUGGUGUGAACGCAGUACCAAGUGUUCUCGCGGAGCAAAGUAGACCUGGGUCACUGUAGGCAUAGGACUUGGAUUGCUUCAGAUGGUUUGCUGUAUCAUUUUUCUUCUUUUUCUUUUCCUGGGGACUUGUUUCCAUUACAUGACAGUAAUUAAAAUAGCUUGUAAAUGAGGGCAUACAAGCAUUUGCAACAAAUAUUCAAAUAGAGGCUCACAGCGGCAUAAGCUGGACUUUGUCGCCACUAGAUGACAAGAUGUUAUAACUAAGUUAAACCACAUCUGUGUAUCUCAAGGGACUUAAUUCAGCUGUCUGUAGUGAAUAAAAGUGGGGAAUUUUCAAAAGUUUCUCCUGCUGGAAAUAAGGUAUAAUUUGUAUUUUGCAGACAAUUCAGUAAAGUUACUGGCUUUCUUAGUGA